ACCCGCCACACCAACACCACAGCCAAGGCCCAGACCAUUUCCCUCCACCAUUUAUCAACAGUUUUCCCCGUCCAAAGUUUCCCGUGUCUGCCAUGUCCCUCCCGUGGCGGUGCCUGCUGGGGCCGCGGCUCUACAGGGUGUACAGCGGCCCGGGGGAACAGGGGGAGAGUGAGAUGUACGCCCCCAACAUCCUGGAGAAGUUCGGCAACAAGAUAUUCCAAGUGAUCUACGUUGUCCAAUACGUCGGAAUGUUCACCUCUCCGAUCCUCGCUCUCUCGCUCUACCGAUGGGAAUUUCUCUCGCUCAACUCGGCCAUUAGGCUCGGCACAGGUCUGGGGUUGCUGGUGGUGGUGGCGCUGGUGCUGCGAGGUGCCGGCCGCUGCUUCAACCCGACCUACACGACCUUCCUCUCCACUCUCGACCAGGCCCAGAGCUCACCACGACCCUCGCUGGAAGACAUGAGACCGCUCAGACGCUACGAGUUCGACUUCGCUGCCUGGCCCGUCAACUUCAAGUGGAGCGACGUGAGUGUUGACGACAACAAGGCCAGAGUGUACGUGGAGCGCGGGGACAUCCUGGUAGCGGAGGGCGGACUGGUCAACCGCACCCUGCAGCUCCCGGCACGGCUCGCGGCCUAUGCCAUUACCUCCACGGUUGGCAAAUACCUCAUGUACCCAGGCUGUAUACAACUCCUGCAGCUGGCCAUUGACAACCUGCUAUCCCAAGGCCGCGAGAAGCUGUACAAGCAACACGGGGGCCAGCGGAACAAGAUCCUGGCCCGGGACGGCAACGCGAUUGACACCAUGCUGGUCGACCGCCGGAAUAAAGGUCAGUACCCCAACGGCAAGACCCUAGUGGUGUGCUGCGAGGGGAACGCCGGGUUUUACGAGAUGGGGCUGAUGCCGACGCCGCUGGACGCUGGGUACUCGGUCCUGGGCUGGAACCAUCCUGGCUUUGGCGGGAGUACGGGCUCGCCGUACCCCAGUCAGGAGCAGAAUGCCGUCGAUGCCGUGAUGCAGUUCGCGAUCCACGGUGCCGGGUUCAAAGAGGAGAAUAUCCUGAUCUAUGGAUGGAGCAUUGGGGGCUAUACAUCAACCUGGGCCGCCAUGAACUACCCGCAGAUCUCCGGGUUGAUUCUGGAUGCGACGUUCAACCACGUUCUACCGCUGGCCGUCAACCGCAUGCCGGCCUGUCUGAACAGCAUAGUGGGUCUUGCCGUCACCAGCCACCUCAACCUCAACCCCGGGGACCAGCUGGCGCGCUACCCCGGCCCGGUGACCAUCAUGAGGCGGACCCAAGAUGAGAUUAUUACGACAGAUGAGACGCAGCUGAAGUGUAACUGCGGCAAUGACCUGAUGGUGCGGCUGAUGCGGUCGCGGUACCCCGGCCUGCUGUCCAACCACUCCAUGGAUGUGCUGUGGCAGUGGCUGGCAGAACCUUUCCAGGUGUCCAACCUCACCGAGUGGGACGUGGACGAGGACCUGUGUUCGUCGCUGCUGUCGUCAUACAUCACACAGCACGGAGAGAGUUACCCGUACAGCAUCGGCGAGGAGAUGAAUGAUGAGGACAAGACUAAGAUGCUGCUCUAUCUGGCCAGCAAGUAUCUCGUGGACGUACCCAGUGGCCACAACACCCCCUUGGAGCGCCACCUGUUUUGGCGUCCCUGGCGACCACUAACGGACUCCUACAUACAGGUGGACUGAAGGAAAGACACAAGAGAUCUCAGCGUUACGACCCCAAGGAAGGAACAACAGAACAUGACGUAACGUGUUUGUGUGUCUGCGUGUGUGUGUGUGUGUGUGUGUGUUAUCCGUCAUGUCUGUGCGUCUCCGUGCGUAGAUAACACACCAUAUGUCAAUCAGUGUGUGUGUGUGUGUGUGUGUGUGUGUGUGUGUGUACCCUAUAGAUAUCAGCUCAUAGGAGAGAUUCACCUAUUUACGUAAUCUAUAUAUAUAUAUUGACAUACGUAUUUAUAUAUAUAUUUACCAUCGUCUGCGUAUAUAUAUUUAUUGUGUACCUAUCAAUGUGUGUGUGUGUGUGUGUGUGUGUGUGUGUGUGUGUGUGUGUGUGGUUAUACGAGGAACAGAAGAAGAAAUGUUGAAGGUGGAGGAGGAGAAGAGGAGGAGGAGGAGGAGGAGAGGAAGAUAGAGAGUCUGGGGUUGAUAUGGAAGGAGGGAACGGAGGAGGAGGAGGAGAGGGAAGGAAGGAAGAGGAGAGGAGGAGGAAGAGAAGAGGAAAAGGAGGAAGGGCUUCUUAUGUUAACGGAAGGACGCAAGUGUUUUUAAGAAUGAAAUAUGGAUGUGAACGGAAGGAUGGAAGGACGCAAGUGUUUUUAAGAGAGAAAUGAGGAUGUGUACGGAAGGAUGGAAGGACGCAAGUGUUUUUAAGAGAGAAAUGAGGAUAUGUACGGAAGGAUGGAAGGACGCAAGUGUUUUUAAGAGAGAAAUGAGGAUGUGUACGGAAGGAUGGAAGGACGCAAGUGCUUUUAAGAGAGAAAUGAGGAUGUGUACGGAAGGAUGGAAGGACGCAAGUGUUUUUAAGAGAGAAAUGAGGAUGUGUACGGAAGGAUGGAAGGACGCAAGUGUUUUUAAGAGAGAAAUGAGGAUGUGUACGGAAGGAUGGAAGGACGCAAGUGUUUUUAAGAGAGAAAUGAGGAUGUGUACGGAAGGAUGGAAGGACGCAAGUGUUUUUAAGAGAGAAAUGAGGAUGUGUACGGAAGGAUGGAAGGACGCAAGUGUUUUUAAGAGAGAAAUGAGGAUAUGUACGGAAGGAUGGAAGGACGCAAGUGUUUUUAAGAGAGAAAUGAGGAUAUGUACGGAAGGAUGGAAGGACGCAAGUGUUUUUAAGAGAGAAAUGAGGAUAUGUACGGAAGGAUGGAAGGACGCAAGUGUUUUUAAGAGAGAAAUGAGGAUAUGUACGGAAGGAUGGAAGGACGCAAGUGUUUUUAAGAGAGAAAUGAGGAUAUGUACGGAAGGAUGGAAGGACGCAAGUGUUUUUAAGAACGAAAUGUGGAUGUGAACGGAAGGAUGGAAGGACGCAAGUGUUUUUAAGAACGAAAUGUGGAUGUGAACGGAAGGAUGGAAGGACGCAAGUGUUUUUAAGAGAGAAAUGUGGAUAUGUACGGAAGGAUGGAAGGACGCAAGUGUUUUUAAGAGAGAAAUGUGGAUAUGUACGGAAGGAUGGAAGGACGCAAGUGUUUUUAAGAGAGAAAUGAGGAUAUGUACGGAAGGAUGGAAGGACGCAAGUGUUUUUAAGAGAGAAAUGAGGAUAUGCGGAAGGAUGCAAGUGUUUUUAAGAGAGAAAUGAGGAUAUGUACAGAAGGAUGGAAGGACGCAAGUGUUUUUAAGAGAGAAAUGAGGAUGUGUACGGAAGGAUGGAAGGACGCAAGUGUUUUUAAGAGAGAAAUGAGGAUAUGUACGGAAGGAUGGAAGGACGCAAGUGUUUUUAAGAGAGAAAUGAGGAUAUGUACGGAAGGAUGGAAGGAUGCAAGUGUUUUUAAGAGAAAAAUGUGGAUAUGAACGGAAGGACAGAAGGACGCAAGUGUUUUUAAGAAUGAAAUAAGAAUGUUAACAGAAGGAUGGAAGGACGCAAGUGUUUUUAAGAAUGAAAUAAGAAUGUUAACGGAAGGAUGGAAGGACGCAAGUGUUUUUAAGAAUGAAAUAAGAAUGUUAACGAAAGGACGCAAGUGUUUAUAAGAGAGAAAUGAGGAUGUUACGGAAGCACUAUUUUUGUUUACGUAAUCUAUAGUUUCAUAAGCGCGGAGAGAAAUGACGACACACCCACAACGGUAUUUUUUAUUUACGUCACAUUUAUACUUUAUUGACGGACUUCUUCAUGGUAUCCAAAAAAAAAAAUAUAUAUAUAUGGUUUGUUUUGAUUGUCAGAUUUUUCAUAAGCGCGGAAAGAAACGACUCACCCACGAAGGUAGUUUUAUUUACGCCACACUUAUACUUUCCGUACGUUUUUUUUAUUGACGGACUAAAAAAAUAAAAAAAAUAAAAAGUGGUUUGUUUUGAUUCUGAGAUUUUUCAUAUGCGCGGAAAGAAACGACUCACCCACGAACGUAUUUAAAUUUACGCCACACUUAUACUCUCGGUACUUUUUUCAUUGACAGGCUUUUGGGAUUUAAAACAAUAUAUAUGGUUUGUUUUGAUAACGAGAUUUUUAUAAGCGGAAAAAUAAUUGAUGACGCCCAUGAAGGUAUUUUUAUUUACGUCACAUUUAUACUUUCCUCACUUUUUUCAUUGACAGACUUUUGGGACUUAAAACAAUAUAUAUUUAUUUAUUUUGAAGUUUCUCAGUUAUUACUAUUAUUAUCAUUAUUAGUAUUAUUAUUUUUAUCGUCACUACGUAUCGACAAAUAAGAAAAUAUCCUUCGGUUGGUGAUUUUCCGCGUCGCAUUCGUGUUUUUUUCAUGUAUUUACGAACGGUCUCAAACAGCCAUCUCUAUUUAUUUAUACUUACCAUCGCCAAUAAUAAUAAUAACAACAAACAUUUUACUUCAUUAUUUUCACAAACUCGUAACGGAAGAGUGUUGGAAUACGUAUUUUGCCAUUUUACGAGUUUUGGUUGGUUACGAGAAAUCCGGUAGCCUGUGUAAAGUUCGAUUUCGGUUGCUCACGAGGACACUGGUAGCCUAUCGGUAGCCUAUUGGUAGUUUACGUAUAGCCCAAUUUCGGUUGUUUACGUAAUAGCUGGUGGCCUGGUGGUAUCUUAUCAGACGACUACGUAAAGUCCGAUUUGGGUUGUUUACGAGGAUACUGGUAGUCUGUUGGUAGCCUAUUGCUAGUCUACGUAUAGUCCGCCAACCUGUGUGUAUAUAUAAUGACUCAAUGCCGUAUAUGUGUGUGUGUGUGUGGGUGGGUAUGUGUGUGUGUAUUUUGAGGGCCAUAUAGCCUAAUACAACAAGGGUAAUAGAUUUCUGCAUAAUAAUAAGCCAUAGAGACACACUAGGCAGAAGAAUAGAGUCCACAAUCUGUAUAUAAGUGAAGCGACCAGUGUUUGUGUGUGUGUUGUUAUAUUAUAAGUCUUCUGCGUAAUAUAAGCGAAAUACACAUCAGGAGUUGAAGUAUAGAGGCCACGAUUUGUAUAGAAGUGAAGCGAUUAUUGUUAUGUGUGUAUUUUGAGUUAUAGAAGAUGUCUGCAUAAUAUUAAAAGCCAGAAGUCGCUUAGAUAAUAUUAAUAAGAGGAAGAAGAAGAGAAAGGAGAAAGCAUAAGGUCCAGAAUGUAUCUAUAAGUGAGGCGAUCAAUUGUUAUCUGUAUUUUGAGGUAUAGAAGACACAUUUGCACUCUAUUAUAACCCACAAGACACAUAAAUAAUAAUAAUAAUAAAAGAAAGGAGAAGUAUAAGGUCCAGAAUCUAUCUAUAAGUAAAGCAAUCAAUGUUUAUGUGUAUUCUGAGGUUACUAUAAGACAUGUGCACUCUAUUAUAACCCACAAGACAUAAAUAAUAACAAUAAUAAUAAGAGAAUGGAGAAAGUAUAAGGUCCACAAUCUAUCUAUAAGUAAAGCGAUCAAUGUGUAUCUGUACUCUGAGGUUACUAUAAGACAUGUGCACUCUAUUAGAAGCCACAGACACAAACAACAACAAUAGAAAGAAGAAUUAGAAGAGAAAUGAGAAAGUAUAAGGUCCAGAAUCUAUCUAUAAGUAAAGCGAUCAAUGUGUAUCUGUACUCUGAGGUUACUAUAAGACAUGUGCACUCUAUUAGAAGCCACAGACACAAACAACAACAAUAGAAAGAAGAAUUAGAAGAGAAAUGAGAAAGUAUAAGGUCCAGAAUCUAUCUAUAAGUAAAGCGAUCAAUGUGUAUCUGUACUCUGAGGUUACUAUAAGAUAUUUGCACUCUAUUAUAACCCACAGAGACAUAAAUGAUAAUAAUAAUAACAAGAAGAAAAAGGAGAAAGUAUAAGGUCCAGAAUCUAUCUAUUACUAAAGCGAUCAAUGUUUAUUUGUAUUUUGAGGCAUAGAAGACACAUUUGCACUCUAUUAUAACCCACAGAGACAUAAAUGAUAAUAAUAAUAAGAAGAAGAAUUAGAAGAGAAAGUAUAAGGUCCAGAAUCUAUUUAUAAGUAAAACGAUCAAUGUUUAUAUCUGUAUUCUGAGGUAUAGAAGACACGUUUGCAUAACAUUAGAACCCACAGCCACAGCUCAGCACUUUUUCAUCUCUUGCAUCAGCGGACACAUGCGAACAGUAGAACACAGACAGACAGAGACACAGAGAAGGGAACACAGAGACAUAGACAGACACAGAGAAGGUAACACAUAGACAGACACACAGAGAAGGGAACACACACAGACACAUAUACACAGACAGACACAGGCAGAAAGGAAACACACACAGACACAUAUAGACAGACAGAACACAUAAGAGAAAGGAUGAUGAAGAAGAGGAGGAGGAGGAGGAGGAGGAAGAUGAUUAAGAAAAAGAGGAAAGAAGAAAUGAAGAAUGAAAUAAAGAAUAAAUAUAUAAAAAAAGAGAAAAUUGGAUUGAAGGAAGGAAGGAAAUUGUAAAUGAUAUAGAGUUAUGAAGAAUAGAACACACACACACACACACACAUUAGGAUAGAAAAGGGAUAGCAAAGAGUUCACAUAGCCUAACAUAACAUAACAUAGUGAGGUUUAAUAAGAAUGGGAACACAGCAACUAACACAUAGGUAAACCACAACAGAAUGAGACCAUAUCCAACACACACACACACACACACACACACACUUAGACCAUUCACACAGGCUUGUAUCAGUUAACAUAAGGGUUGUAUUUCUUUAUGUAUAUGUAAUGGUUUGUAAAGGGAUCAUAGGAGGGUGACGGUAGGCUAGAUUAAGGUCUGAUUCCUGUAUAUAUAUGUGAAUCAGUGAUGCCCAUGUUCUGUGUGUGAAGUAAAUCCAUCCUCAGCUGUG